AUGCCCACACCUCGCACAGCCUUCAUAUCCGGCCCCCUCGACGUCUCCCACGCCUACUUCACCGCUCACUACACCCCCCUCAUCUCCUCCGCCAUCGAACGCGGCGACUCCUUCGUUCUAGGCCCCGUCUCCGGCAUCGAUACUCUCGCCCUUGAGUACCUCCUCUCCCAUAACCUCUCCACUGGGCGAAUAAAGAUCUAUAUGGCGUCCUGGGAGAUCGCCAGUCGCCCGUCUUUCGUGAAGGAGAUACGGGAGAAUUUGGGGAAAGAGGGAGUGGUAGUGGCCAAGACGAAGGAGGGAGGGGAUGUAACGACGACGCAAGGAAGAGACGCGGCUAUGACAAGGGGGAGUGAGUAUGAUAUCUUGAGGUUUAGGACGGAGGGGGAGUGUAAGAGGGGGUAUGGAGUGAGGUGGAGGGCGAGGGUUAGUAAUACGGAGAGGAAUUGGAGGAGGAGGAGGAGGAGGAGGGAUGGUAAUGAUAAUGACGAUGAGGGUGAUGUGGUGUAUGUGAGGCAUUUGAGUUCUGAGGAGGUUAAUGAGAGAAGAGGAAGGGAAGGUGACGGGGUACCUGAGUGUGAUGGGAUGUGCUGGGGACAUCGGGAUGUUGUGGAGGAGAGAGAUGUGUUGGGAGUGGAGGAGGUUUGGGGGUUUGGGAAUGAUGGGGUGAGGAUGAGCUGA